AGGUACGAGUAUGUAGGUGGUUGAGGUGUGUGCGUCCGUAUGUGCGCGACUGACUCGUCAAACUGCUAACUGCUGCUAAAUGUCGGUUGAAUUUUAUUGCACAGUGUUAGUUGUGUGCUGCUCUGGUCAAAUAUCGAUGCUUUGAUAUGAAGCUUUGUGUGAAGUUCGCUUUGCUAUCGCUUUGACUGGAUGGAUUAUCAUCGAGUAUACUCGAGCGCUCUGGUUAUAUCUAUGCUGUUGAUGAUGCUAAUUUCUGCGUUUGCCUUUCUUCCUUGCUUUGGUUGCGUGUAUCUGUUGCAUUAAUCUGUCAAAUAAAUGAAAAUGGCUGCAAUGAUACCAACCGCACGUUACCGGCCAGUGGUACGCAUUGGCAAUUGGUUUGAGGACAUUUGUCUGGAGCAGGAAAAGGUGCAAACUUUUAAGAAUUUACGCGACCGCGGCGAACUGCUUGUGGAGAAGACGCGCCGACUAUUCGACAAUUUUCACAAAGCCAUCGAAUUGGAGGCGCCCAAAGAGAAUGUUCACUUUGGCGCCAUAGUUCAGUUGAUGCCAAUGAAAAUGAAUAUUUGUGAUGAACGUGUGAAGGCACAACCCGCCUUGUCGGUCAUCAUCAAUGAACGCGUCGUGCGGCAUAGUCAAAAUAUCAAUGAAGAAUGUGAAAUAACAAUUGCGCCCUCAGUGACGCCUUGUGUGCGUAAUUCUUUUCGUAUCGUGAGCGGUGAUGAGAAAGAUCGCACAAAUGAGGUUAUCAAAUAUGGACAACAAUUUCGUUUGGAAUGUGUGGAGAGUCAAGAUGAUGUACUACUGCUAUAUAGUGCGGCGAAAUCGGCCGAUCUAAAGAGUAUGAUCCAUACGACGUUUGAUUCGAGGAAAUGUGGUGAAAUCAAUUUGCCCUUGGGUCUAUGCAAGAAAAGCAAUUGUGGUCCCGGAAAGGAAAUACCCUCGGCAUAUACUAAAUGGUUCUGUACCCAUAUUGAUCCCAAGAAACGUUUUGAAUCGUACGGCACACCAGCGCCGAGCAAUGCAGCUUUGGUUAUCACACACGUACCAACAAAUAAAAAUCUUGCAGCAGAAAAUGUUGUCGUCCAAACACUUUUCGGACCGGAGUUCCUCGUUUCGGUACAAAACUACAAGGACAUGUACAACCGCGAACGUUGGCAAAACAUUUGGAUGAUAUGCAACGGUCAGAGUGAAGGGAAGCGAUAAAAAUACAACCAUUCGGAUCAAUGAACGCUACUGCCGCAAAAACUUCAUUUGUUUAGCACGAAGGAAAUGUCAUUUUGG